AUGACGAACAACGAGUUGUCGGCGCCUGUGAAAUGCGGCCGAUUUUUUACAGCAACAACCGAGGCCCCCAACAACGAUGAUCCUGAGCAAUUUUUGUCCCUGCCAACCUCGACCAUCAAUGCCUGUCACAUCUUGUUAAAACUUCUGAACGAGUAUCCAGCUGUCGGCCUGCAUCAUCCGGCUCCUCCUGCAGUAUCCAGGACCUGCAGCAUCCGGCUCACGCUCCCAGCAUUUGGCUCACUCCUGCAGUAUCCAGCACUCCUGCAUCAUCCGGCUCGCCCUGCAUCAUUGGCAUCCGGCAAUGACCUGCAGUAUCCAGAACUCCCUGCAUCAUCCGGCUCAACGAGUUGGCAUCAUCGAACUACUCCUGCAGUAGUUGGCACUCCUGCAUCAUCCGGCGCUCCUGCAGUAUCCAGCAACACAAAACCCUGCAGCAUCCGGCUCAACCCCUGCAGUAUCCAGCUCCAACGAUCAUCCGGCUCGCUCCUGCAUCAUCCGGCUCACUCCUGCAGUAUCCAGCACUCCUGCAGCAUCCGGCUCACUCCUGCAUCAUCCGGCUCACUCCUGCAGUAUCCAGCACUCCUGCAUCAUCUGGCUCACUCCUGCAGUAUCCAGAACUCCUGCAUCAUCUGGCUCACUCCUGCAGUAUCCAGAACUCCUGCAUCAUCUGGCUCACUCCUGCAGCAUCCAGCACCUCCACCGUUUCCGACCAUCUUCAUUUCCUUUUCCUUUUAG